AGGUGGCUGUUGCUUCUGGGAGCUUCUCCAACCUAUUUUUCCAAGAACGUCGACGUGCACGUGCUAUCGCUACCUAUCACACUUUGACGCAGGGAUAAAGGCUCCUUCUACUAUAAGAUCAUUUACAAUUUCAUCAGAUUCAAUUUCAUUCAAUCAUCGACAUCGAGCAUAUGCACAAGAAACACAAGGCUUAAUAUAACGAAAGAAAAAAAUCAGAUUGAACUAAUCUUCAGCCACUUAGGCAUUUAACUACUUCAGGAAAUCUACAGAACUGUUCUAUCAUCAACAAGAUGAGACUAGGACUCCUCCGUGCAACGAGUCUUCUGACAACUACUGCCGUGUUAACCCCCAACACAUUGUUGGCGGUUUCCGGUAUCAAGUUGACUCUUACGCAGUCUUGUGCUGACGAUUCUUGCUGUAGCGGAGAUGGACAGGUGCACCAAGUUAAGGCCUUUGUUUACUAGUGUGUAUCAUCAACAUCAUCUCGUGCGAUGAGUGACCUAUCCUGAUAAGCGGAGAAAUCCCAUCCGCAAUAGUUCUCAAGUCGGAACCAUAGUUAUAUCCUGAUGGCAUUUUCCUAACUUAUGGGCAGACAAAACCUUAUCAAUAAGAUUCACCUCUAAUCCCAGCCCUCCCCCUGCUGUUCCGAAUACUCCUGCAUCUCUGCAACGUGAUGCCACGAUUUGGACGGCUUCUAUUGACCAACUGCAGCAACGCUUUGCCACAUGGUGGGACAACUAUGGUUUCGCUCACUACCCUGGAACUCGCGUUGCACUGGACAAAAAGCCGGAUUUAAGACUGAAUAUUCAAUACAUUCUCAAAAAUGUUGAAUGUCAAUCAGUCUUCAAUAUUUUUUCUUGCACUUUUUCUUUUUACGCUUCUUACUUGCCUUGUUUCUAUCAGCUACUCGAUUCUUGGAAUAGUAACACAAAUUGAUACACCCCGCUAAUCACUGAUGCAAAGAAGGAGAUCCGUAUUCGUGUCUUAUUGGAGUCCUAUGAGCGUGUCGUUCAGCCGCAUCCGGAGCAUGCUGGCUUGACCUAUUUGCAAUUCUACCACAAACAAGCGCAAGCUAACUUGGUUCGAUGGGCAGCGAAUUUUGAGGCCAAAUACCCUGCUGCAUCUGCUCAGCGCGAAGCAAUGCUACCUUCCGCGAAGACUACGAUUCUGUUGUUAAGGCUCAAUACAAUUCAUUAUCAUUUCUACGAAACAUCUUUUCCUCUUUCCUUCAUCCUAGGGUGGGGAGAAAUGUAGGCCUGAGGCACGAAGUGAAAGAAUUAAUGUUUUGAGCUCUAAUAUUGAUUGAAGGCGAUUGGGGCCUUGGAACCAGUGCCUUGACUAAAACUUUCGGGAAAGCCUUUACGGUUUUGAAUAUGGCCAACGCUCGCGUCUUCGGAGGUGGAUUCAAAGAAGGUCCUGCCGCACAAGAGGAAAACUUGUUCCGUCGUACUGACGUUGGCUUCACCGGUAAAGAAGUGGCUUUCAAACAACCCGAUGCGGGUGGCAAGGUUGAAUACACUCAGGAAUGGAACCGAGCUAUCAACGGCAUGCCUGGUUCCGAUUAUUACCUUCCUAAUACGAUGCGCGUUUGCUUUCGUGGCCCUGAGCAAACAACGGGAUCGGAAUUUUCGACGCGCACGCCGGGGUAUGACUUCUUGCCGCCGCAGGAAGUGUUCCCCCUCUACGAAUUGCGCGCGGCGGCUGAGAACUUGAAGGAGCACAAAAUUUUCAAUCUCAAGGAUGCUUUUCAGGCUUACACAACCAACGCGCAUAACGUGAAAACUUCGAUGUUUCAUCGCAUCCGCAAGCAGUUUGCAAAGGCGACUAAAUCGAAGAAAAAAUAUCUUGUCCUGAGCGCAUUCGGUGCCGGUGCCUUCAACCAUCCGGCUGAUGAGGUGGCUGAUUUGUACUUUAAGCAACUGAUGCACGACGCAGCGAAGUUUAAAGGUGGCGUGAUUGCUUUCGUUAUUCUCGGGAGUGCGGGAUACGGAUAUGAUAACUACUCGGUUUUCAAAUCUCGCUUCUUGGCAUGGGCCAAGAGGACGGAGCACAAGGAAAUGGGUGCCUCGCAAUGGACCUUCAAAGUUCACGACAGCGUCUCUGACUUCCAACACGGCAAACCGUCCACCAAGCUCACCCAACAGCAAGAGGCAAAUAUCAACAAAUUCGAACAAGCAAAGAUGCGCUAAAUAUGCUCGUCCUCGUCGGUGAGGGGGUUUCAUUUGGAAGGAGUAUAGGCAUUGGGUGGUUGGACUUGGAUAUGUGAAAGGCGACGUGGAGAAGGGCAAGAUGAGGUUGAACGCUUACAAUUUGAAUGUGCAUUCAUCAUUCACAGUUGCGACGGAUGAUGGUCGUGAAUGAGAGAUGAUCAACAUUCAAAUGAUCAUAGGGACGGUUGUUGUUUCAUGAGGAUUUAACUUGGAUUUCAUCUGGGAACUACGAAGAUAUGGAUGUAAUUGAUGCUGUCAGUCCAGACUGCUAGAGACGCAGGCACUGAUGAAGAUGCAUGACGAAAUGUGAAUAUAGUCGGCUUUCUAUGUUAGCAUAUGCCGGUCAUUUGAACUAGUCCGAAAGAAUGACGUUGUUGAGGUAGAUAAGGCAUCGGUAUUUCCCUCUCCAUUUGGCUUUCAAAAUAGGAAGAACAUCGCAAAUAUUAGAGACUGUAAAAAAGGCUACUCGAGAAUAGUAGAAUAAGACGUCGAGUAUUACAGCGUACAACUUAAAGAAAAACUGAAAGUGAGCAAGGCUCCUGUGCGAGACUCAUUUUUGUCUGUAUUGCUUGACCACGGCUACAAAUAAAGAACGUCGCUGUCAUCAUUUAGGUGUCGACGCAGGUUCUGCUUCGGGUGUAGACCAAGAAAGACUAUAU